GUGGCUUUUGUCCGACCGGACGCUGGACUCCGUUAAGUUCCUACUUCUUGCUUCUGACUUCUCCAUACCCCUCGCUCCACGCAGUGCCCAGUGCGGGGACAUGAGUGUUCCUGAGCCACCGCCUCCGGACGGGCUCCUUACGGGGCUCUCCGACCGCCUGGAGGCCGGCGAGCCCACGCCGGGCUUAAGCGACACGUCUCCAGAUGAAGGACUGAUAGAGGACUUCGCUGUGGAGGACAGAGCUGUAGAGCACCUGGUGGGAGGCCUGCUCUCCCACUACUUACCAGAUCUGCAGAGGUCCAAGCGAGCGCUCCAGGAACUCACACAGAACCAAGUUGUGUUACUAGAUACACUGGAACAAGAGAUUUCAAAAUUUAAAGAAUGCCACUCCAUGUUGGACAUCAAUGCUUUGUUCACAGAAGCGAAGCACUACCAUGCCAAGCUGGUGAGUAUAAGGAGAGAGAUGCUGACGCUCCAUGAGAGAACCUCCAAGCUGAAGAAGAGAGCACUGAAGCUGCAGCAGAAGAGGCAGAGAGAAGAGCUGGAAAGGGAGCAGCAGCGCGAGAGGGAGUUUGAAAGAGAAAAGCAGCUGACAGCCAAGCCAGCCAAGAGGACGUGAGGAGCCGCUGUCAGGUUCCUGUCCAGCCUGCUUCCUGGACCUCCAGUGCUGUACUCAGACAGUGAGGCAUGGGCGGCACCUUAUGCCGUGGCAUGUCCUGAAAUCUUUCCCAGGGCUGCUGUGUCUCCAAGACUUCACUCAAGAAGUCUUAUUGAUACUUAGGUUUUCAACUCUUGCUUUCCCUUAACAUUUCUUGUUUUGAUCUUAAAUCAUUUGUAAACUGAAAACACUUUGGUUAUUACAAAAGUCUGGAUACUA